CCCUAAACGGCAAAACCUCUCCUCACCCAUUUCCAAUUCCCCAUCACGCCACCACCACCGUCCCCAUCUUCUCCGGCGAAACCCUAGCACAUGGCGCUGCGCGGUGCAGCCUCCCGCUCCUUCCUCGCCGCGGUCCGCGCCCGCACCGCCGCCGCCGCCCCGCGCCUCCGCCCCGUACCCGCGCCCGCGCCCGCUCCCCGACGCAUCCCUACCGUCGGGCCCUCCUCCUCCGCCCCUUUCGCCACCGCAAGGCCAUUGGCGGCGCUGAUGGGGUCGCUGCCGGCGGUGGCUGCAAGGCUGACGGGGUACUCCGCGUCCAGCGCGCGGGCCUGCUGUGAGCUCUCCCAGGGUGUUUAACAGAAAUGCUCAUCUGAUUACUUCGGUGAGGGAGAAGGAAUUGUGGCUGCUUUUGUGAGGAAGAAGGGAGGGGUCGUGUCCUGCUGCCGUUAGGAAGGAAAUUAGGAAUUGUGGUGGGAUGAUGGCUGUGCUAAGGGAGCAGGCUGGGGUAGUGUAAUUAAGUCACUGGAGGAGUGGAUGGUUUGUAAGUUGGCUGAUUGCUGAAUAUAUGUAGUGAACUGCUGAUUGCUGUUGUCUAAGGUGUUGCUUUGCCCUUACCGCCUUGCCUUAUGGGGGGUGGGCACCUUGCCUUGGCUUACCUCCCUAAAAAACAUUGUCUGAAUUAACAAAUAAAAUGCAAAGCAACUAAACUUUACCCUUUGAAACUAAUCAAGCUAUUUCGGAUACAAAUUCAGAAAUAUUUCUUGCAAAGAUAAGCAAAUAGAGAUCUUUCAAUGACUACACAUUUCCAGUGCUAAUAUGUCUAAUAGAGUUAUGUAUUAGUUGUUACUGCAAAUAAAACUACAAUUUUAGCACACAAUAAGAACACAAUUGCGCCUAAUUGCUAAAAUAAUUGGUCCUUUCGUACUAAGAAAAAUAUUCCCUCUGUUCCGAAUUAGAUGUCACAGAUUUGUCUAGACUCGCAUGUAUCUAUAUACUAAAAUGCCUUUAGAUACAUGUAUAUCUAGACAAAUCUGAGACAAGUAAUUCGGGACAGAGGGAGACUAGGCCAUGAUUUUUAUAUCAUCGGACAUAAAAUUCGAAGCAUCCA